AUGGUCGACUUCAACAGGUGGCUCACAGAAGUGUUUGCGGAUACACAGUCAGAUUGCAUCGAGUGGGGCCCAUCGUAUGGUGGGCACCCCAGCCUUGCUUUAGACGAGCAGCCACGUCACAAUACAGCGCUUGAUUCAACUCUUGCUUUCGACAAUGCAUCCACCAUCCAGCUGCUUCGAGCAGUAUGUGAAUACUAUAUGAUCCGUUGCAACCACCUCCAAACAACAAACCAAGAUCUUGAGACACAACAAGUUGAAUUGAAGGCCCAACUGAAGGAAGCACUGAUCCGUGCAUUUGAAUCACAGCAGGCCUUGGACCGCGAGCGAGAGGUAUUGGCGCUGCAAUCUCGACGUUUAGUGAUGCGUCCACAGCUCAGAUCACGACAGAGAUUGAGCAAUGAGCACCCCAAGAGUCUGCACGACCAGAUCACAAGUGCGUUUACUACACUGGACACUAUCAAUAGGGCACCACGGACGGAUACCGAAGAAACACCGAUUGGGGAGUCAAAUGAAGCGAUUGAUUCGAAACAAGAUUGCAAAGUCGACGAAGAUGUAGCUGAAUGCGAAAGCAUUGAACUGGGAGGAGCAGACCUUGAUAACCUAGAAGAAUCCUUGCUCCCGGGACCCAGCAAAAAUAUUUAUGCAGAACAAGAAACCUUACAGUUGUCGGUGGUGCAGCUAGAUUCGGAGCCUGCAACUUCUUCCGUUGACAUGCGUGAACCAACUUCCAUCUCCUCAGAUUCGGACUAUGAACAGCUUACCAAGUUGCGCACAGAUCAAGGAAGCAGUGAUAGUUGGUACCGCCAGGCAUUGCGCACGCUGAAGGAAGCUCGCAAACGACGUUUCAAACAAACCUCUGCUACUGUUGAACCAUCUCUUGUGUCCAAGUUUACAGUGAGUGCGGUUUGCAAAGAAGCCAAAGCUCAAGAAUUUACACAGCUUGUCUUCACUCGAGAUCCUGCCACAGAUGGUGACGAUUCAAUGUGGUACCGCAAAGCACUGCAACAUCUUAAAAGAGAGCGCACGCAACGCCUGAGCCUCCAGGAUCGAGCUGAAUCCUUUAAUUCCGCUAUUUCUAUCGUUGACUAG